GUGCAGCAGUCGCCCGCGCGACGCCGCCGCCGCCGGCCGCGCGCCAUGGACGAUACACGGCUCAGGGAGCGAGCGCCUCUCACGGUCAUAGUGGCGCCCAGUAACGUGUCUCCACCCCGGCUGUCCCCCGCGGACCUGCUGCCCGACGGAGACGCUGCCUUCCACCCGCUGUCCGCCGUCAACGGCCGCCUCACACCGCCCGGGCUCGAGCCCGCGUCCUACGCUACUCUGACGCCCCUGCUCCCUCUGCCCCCCAUCAGCACCGUGUCCGACAAGUUCGCGUACCACGCGGGCGGCACUUUCACGGUCAUCCAGCAGCAGCAGUCCUACGCGUCCUUGUCUCCGACCGCCUACAAUGAGCCGCUGUCGCCGCAGUCCGCGUACAGUCGGCGGAGCGCGUCACCCGGCUCGUACGAGCGCCGUUCCCCCUCGCCGCCGCUGCCCAGCCCGGGGCUGGACCUGAACGCGGCGCUUCUGGCCAGAGAGACGAGAGACGAGCAGGCGCAGCAGACGCAGCAGAACGACACGGAGGAGAUAAACACCAAGGAGCUCGCGCAGAGGAUAAGCGGAGAACUGAAGAGGUACUCCAUACCUCAGGCGAUAUUCGCUCAGAGGGUGCUGUGUCGGUCGCAGGGUACGCUCAGCGACCUACUCAGGAACCCCAAGCCGUGGUCCAAGUUGAAGUCGGGCCGAGAGACCUUCAGGCGGAUGUGGAAAUGGCUACAGGAACCCGAGUUUCAAAGGAUGUCGGCCUUGAGACUUGCAGCGGCCCAGAUACCACAGAGAGGCAGCUGCAAGCGCAAGGAGGAUAUGGCCUCGGAUACCCUUCCUUCCCCGAAGAAGCCGCGUUUGGUUUUCACAGAUCUGCAGCGGCGUACUCUGCAGGCUAUUUUUAAGGAAACAAAGAGACCAUCAAAAGAGAUGCAAGUAACGAUAGCGCGUCAGCUCGGUCUAGAGCCGACCACUGUUGGCAACUUCUUCAUGAACGCUCGCAGACGAUCCAUGGACAAAUGGAAGGAUGACGACGCACCAUCCACAGACUUGGACCAGCAAUGCGACGGGCAGGAUCUAGACCACGUCCCCAGUCUAGACUCGGCGGAGUCUGAGGAGGAUCACGACGACCAAGACGAUCAUCUAUUGUGACGCCCCAUACCCCAGCAGCAUUUGCUAGUUCUCUGAAAUGAAUGCGAAGUUGCCGGGGAAUUCGGAUGUUACUGAUUGCUCGUUUUCUAGCCAACGCUUUAUUUCUAGUCAAAUCCGAAACCGAGUGACUUCGUGUCGAAGUGUACAGGAAGUGACUGUAGUGAUUCUGGUCCACGAACUGAUGAAAUGAUCUCUCAAUAUUAAAUGUUCUAGUCAAACUUAACCCGAUAGUCCGCCGUUCUUCAGUAUUAGGUGAGAUGUGUUUUAUUUUAUUGUUUCAUAGUGUAUGUGUCCUGUGAAUACAUUCAGCGUAGAACGGAAUAGAUUAAUAUGUAUGGAGAUUUAUUUAUUUACUGUUAAAUACGACUAACGUAUAUGCGAUUGUAAUUCUGGAGGUUUAUUUUCAGCGACGUUAAUGUAUUCAAUCGGUGCGGCUUUUGUAGUUAAAAUGAAAUAUAAACUAUUAAAUGACGCGAUAAUUAGUUGGAAUGUCCGAUUUAAUCGGAUCUGUAUUACGUGAGAGUUUUGUACGAGUGCUAUCUGUGCUUCUACCACGUGUUUGCAAUAUCGAAUCGAACAGAUAUUAUUUUGUUGUUCAUUAAUAAAUUUCCGCAAGUGAUUUCGUUAUGAAUAAAGUGGAGACUCGUGGUAGGGGUGCUAGUGUUCGGCACACCUGGGUAAGGUUCCGUAUGAUUUGUCUUUUUGCUUUACAACUUAAAGAUGGUAUUUGGACGGUAUAUAGUGAAUGUAACUUCUAGUCAAGUGAUCCCUACAUUCCAUUACGGGACAAUGAAAGGCACGUGAUAUUACUUAAAUAUAAUUAGUUAAGUGGCUUCACUUGUAUGUAAGUAAUUAUAAAUCUAGUCCGAUUUGAGCAAAAAACAUUAGUGUACUGAACGAUAUCAAUAAAGCUUAAUGUACCUAUAUUAGGCCGUAGUAUAAGUUAUUGCUCAUGUUCUGGUCACGUCGCCCACGUUUUAUUUCCCAUGACGGCUUUAACGCCCAUCACCGGUUAAUAUUAAGUUAGCAUAAUAUAUUUUUAAAAUAAGUUAUUUAUUUUUACACUAUAUUUGUACUGUAUACAAUCGCUCACGGUUAAUUUUGUUUUUUUUUUUGUACACAUUUGUACUUAUCUGUACCAAAGUAAUGCGGAGUGCAAUUUAUUUAUAUUAAGAAUGUAUGUAACAUUUUCUAUUGAGGCGUAUAUUCUGUAUUUAUUGAGAGUAAGCUUAAACUGUGAAUGCAAACGUUUCUUUUAUAUAUGGGGGGGCUUUUGAUAUGGAAGUGUUUUAAAAUUAUUUAUUAUUUAUGAAACCAGCUAUAGUGUUAGGCCGUUUUUGUCCUCCCUUACCCCGGCGCACAAAAACUUCGACAGUCUUAUAUAUAACGCAUUUAACGAGUUCAAAGCAUGAUUUAAAUCAGAUUUAAAAAAAAAGUAUUUAUUUUAUAAAUCAUUAUAUAAUAAUAGUGAUAUAUUUAGUUGAUGCAUUGUUGAAUCGGAUACAUUUGAAAUGAUGAUGAAAUAUUUUUGUGCAUGUAUAGUGCGCUCUCACUGUACAUAGUACGUGGUCAUGUAAGAAUAAAUGUACAUUUUAUAAAGUC